AUGGGAUCCGCUAUAAGUCAUCUCCGAUGGGUAACCAACAUAGCAGGCAUAUCAAGCUUAGUAAUUUCGCUUUUCCCAAAAGUUAUUAUAAAAAAUCCACAAGUUCUUAGACCACUGUUAAAUAUAAGUUGGGGUUACUUAUUUGGAUCCACGUUUUGGUUAUGUUUGUUUUCUGAAGUUGGUUUGAUAAGGAGUUGGAAAAACAUGAAGCGUAUACCUAUUCCAGAAAAUGCAGAAGAAGCAAAGAAACAGUUAGAGGAGAUGAAAAAUUCGGAAGGAGAUUUUAGCAGAAGAAGAGAAGACUUUCAAUAUUUUUUUAGCUUAUCAACCCUUUUUUCGGGCAUUUUAUUAUUAUCAACCGUUAGACUUGCAAAUCACAAUGUUCAGUUAAGAAUAAGUUCUACAAUUGUUGCCUUGUCAUGUUUAUUAAACAAUUUAUAUUUUCAAAAUAAGGUGCAUAGUUUGAAAUUAAAGAAGGAAGAUUUAUACAAUGAACUAAUCCAGAACCCCAAAAAUGAAACAACUAUUGCAGAGAUUAAAAAAAACAAAAAAGAUUUUCACAUAUACCAUGGGUUAUCGCUUCUAUCUUUGUAUAUUUCCUUCCUUGGUUUAACUCCUUACAUUUUUACUUAA